AUGGUGGCCAAUAACUCCAAAUACUCGAGUACGCGGUACCAUGACAGCUCACUACGUGAAUUCUUCAGCUUCGAAGACGUCGUCCUAAAAGGUCUCGCUUCGGACGGAGGUCUCUUCCACCCUCACGAGGUGCCCAAUGUCGAGUCCAAAUACCUGGAAUGGAAGGACCUGUCGUUUCCAGAGCUCGCCUACAAUGUGAUGAGACUUUACAUUGACGAGCAUGAGAUCUCCAACGCAGAGCUCAAAGACAUCAUCGACAGGAGCUACUCGACGUUCCGCCAUCCCGAGAAAGUGCCGCUCGUGGCCCUCGACGAAGACAAGGCACUGUACCUUCUCGAACUCUUCCACGGACCGACGUUUGCGUUCAAAGACGUCGCGCUUCAGUUCCUGGGAAACCUCUUUGAGUUCUUCCUGGUCCGGAAGAACAAGAACCUCGAGGGCCCCAAUGCGUCUCGACACCACCUGACCGUCAUCGGCGCCACGUCCGGCGACACAGGCUCGGCAGCCAUCUACGGUCUGCGCGGCAAGAAGGACGUGAGUAUCUUCAUCAUGUUCCCCGACGGCAAGGUGAGCCCCGUGCAGGAAGCACAAAUGACCACCGUCCUCGACCCGAACGUGCACUGUCUGUCGGUCCAAGGCACCUUCGACGACUGUCAGGACUACGUUAAGGCGCUGUUUGCCGACCCGGAAACGAACAAGAUCCACCACCUCGCGGCCGUGAACUCGAUCAACUGGGCCCGCAUCCUCGCCCAGAUCACAUACUACUUCUCCGCGUACUUCCAACUUCUCAAGACCAAGCCCGACCUCAAGAAGGUCAAGUUUGUCGUGCCGACCGGCAACUUCGGCGACAUCCUGGCAGGCUACUAUGCGCAGCGCAUGGGUCUGCCGAUCGCGAAGCUCGUCAUCGCCACGAAUGAGAACGACAUUCUCCACCGCUUCUGGCGCACCGGAUCCUACAGCAAGUCCCCCAAGCCGGCCUCGGAGCCUCACGAGGGCAUCAAGGAGGACGGCGCCCAGGCCCACGAAUCCGGCGUCAAAGAAACCUACAGCCCCGCCAUGGACAUCCUCGUGUCGUCCAACUUUGAACGUCUUCUGUGGCACCUGAGCCUCGAGCACGAACUCGAGACCAACCCGGACGUCAAGUACGAGACCGCUGUGCUUGUGGCCGGCCAGAGGAUCGACUCGUGGUUCCAGGAACUCAAGCAGACCGGCUCCUUUACCGUGCAGCCCGAGAUCCUGGACAAGGCGCGAUCCAUCUUCGCCACGCACCGCGUCAGCAACCCCGAGACCCUGGACGCCAUCCGCGACUGCUACCGCGGCGACGCCAUCGCGAGGAAGGGUUACGUUCUCGACCCGCACUCGGCCAUCGGUGUCGCGGCGAGCCUGCGCGAGAUUGCUCAAGAGCAAUCCGCGUCGUCAUCAUCAGGGGUGCCGACUGUGUCUCUUGCCACCGCUCACGCCGCCAAGUUCGCCGGCGCCGUCGAACUGGCUCUGCAGAAUGAAAAGGGCUUUGACUUCAACACGGUCCUCCCGGAGCAGUUUAUCGGGUUGAACGAGAAGGAGAGAAAAGUCCUGAAGGUAUCCAGUGAUGAAGGGCUGAGUGGUAUUCGCAACAUCAUCACGAGGGAAGUCGAGAAGGAGAAGAGACAAUAA